AUGAAUUAUAGAUCUGGGUUUGCUUUGAGCAGUAAGAAUAUUUUUUGUAAGAGACAAAUCUCAAAUCUUUUAGAUCAAGAUGUGAAUAAAUUAAGUUUAAGUGAUCUUACUCAUGAGUUAUCAAAGGAAGAAGUACAAGACAAACCAAAGUAUGAGAAAGACAAAGUUAAAUUAAUAAACUUAAUUGUGAAUUCUUCAAACAAAGACAAAUUAGAAUUUUUAGAACAUUUAAUUCCUAAUUUUUCAACAUUUUUCAAGUAUAUUAAUGAAUACCCCAAGAUUGAAAAUGACCUAUUGUUAAAUCAUUUUAUUCAAUUAAAUCCUGAAAGAGUUGUAACAAAUCCAGAAAUAUUGAAAAAUCAUGCAUCAUUAUCAAAUUCAAAAGAAAAUUCAGAAACGAAAAAACAAAUAUUGCAUAAAUUAAUUUCAAAUUUUAUAAACCAAGAAGAUUCAAGUAAUGAUUUUUCUUCAAUUGAAUUCAUUCUUGAAUUUAUGAACAAAUAUGGAGUUUACGAUGGAAUUGAAUUUAAUUUAGCCAACGAUUUGUUUAAAAAAUUAAUCAAGAAUGGAGAUGUGUCUGAAUUGAAUCAUUUCUUGACAGGUUCAAACUUAAACCAAGAUUUAAUGUUCAAUGUUUUACGAUCAAAUUUGAAAGACAAUGAUAAAACUAUUGACUCGCCAUUAAUUAAAUUUUCAUAUAUACAAUACUUUAAAAAGAUCUUCAGAACUAAUCCAGAUUCUAUAGGUGAUUCAGACUAUACAAUCGCGUUAUAUAUCAUAAACAAUGAUACAGAUCCAAGUACUGGCAACAAAAAGCAAAAUUUCAACCAAAAUGUCGAAGAACUAAGUGAAGCUAUAACACAUUAUAUCAAUGACUCGACAAUUGAUUUAAAAUCUGAGAAUUUACCAUUGAGAAAAUUAAUCAUUGAAAAUUAUGGGAUUAUACAAAAGGAUACAGAGGAAUUAUUACUAAAAUAUCAUGAAUAUGAAUCAAAAGCAAAAUAUGGAAUAGAUAAUGUCAUGUUUUCAAUAGUGAAAAGUUAUGCUUAUUUAGCAAUUUUGAAAAAUUCAGAAAUUGAUAAAAAGAUUGCUGAUACUUUACUUCCUUCAACUAUAACUGUUCAAUUAUUACAAAUUUUGGUUAUAUUAAGGUCUUAUUUUAAUGUUGAUGAUGGAUUGAAACUGUAUAAUCAUUAUGUUCCUGAACUUUCUAGUAAAGUGAACGAAUCUGGUAAUUCACAAAAGGGUCUUCUUACUAGAUCGAUAAUUUUGGGUUUUUUAGCUAACAAUGAUAAAAAUUUUGCUUGGUUACUUUUUGAAAAAGCUAUUGAAAACAAAAUGAUUGAUAAUGAAUCAGAAAUAGCCAGUAUUAAAAAAUUAUUCAAACAAUAUAGUGAUUGUUUUUCUAUCGAAAAUGAACAAUGGAAUAAUGAAGCUGAAUUAAAGAUGAAAAAUAUUGUUUUAGAAUACGUCAAAAACAUUGGUCAAAUGGAUUUUAAAUUACUACUUGAACAAUCUUAA